UUGGAGCUGGCGCUGAGCAGAGGGAUGAGCAGCGCCAGCCCUGGGCUGACCACUCUGCCCCUCCACCGCUUCGCCCGGCCGGACACUGCCCUGCUGCCCACCCCGUGGGACCCCGACACCCGGAGCUGGGGCUGCCCGGACAGCCCCAGCCCCCCUGCCACCCCCGAGCAGCCCCUGCCUGCUUUCUGCCUGCACUACUUCGACAUGCUUUACUCGGAGGACAUCGCCUGGGCCACCAAGGGCAUGGGGGAACCGUCCCCAAGCGGCACCCAGGGGGGGCGAGGGGAGGCGCAGAAGGAGCCGGAGCAAUGUCCCAUCAUUGACAGCCAGGGCUUAGGGCUGGGGGCCGAGGGGGACCUGCAGGCCAGCCUGCACCUGGAGGAGCACUCGCUGGAGCAGGUGCAGAGCAUGGUGGUGGGCGAAGUGCUGAAGGACAUCGAGACGGCCUGCAAGCUCCUCAACAUCGCCGCAGACCCCGUGGACUGGAGCCCCGGCAACGUGCAGAAGUGGAUCCUGUGGACGGAGCACCAGUACCGACUGCCGCAGAUCGGGAAGUCCUUCCAGGAACUGUCGGGAAAAGACCUGUGUGCCAUGUCUGAGGAGCAGUUCUGCCAGCGCUCCCCUGCCUGCGGGGACAUCCUGCACGCCCACCUCGACAUCUGGAAGUCUGCCGCCUGGAUGAAGGAAAAAGCCACCCCAGGAGGUGAGAGAUACUGUGGAGGUGAUGCCGGCUGGGCGGACAGCGAGGUGGACUCGUCCUGCGCCGGCCAACCCAUCCACCUCUGGCAGUUCCUCAAGGAGCUGCUGCUGAAACCCCACAACUACGGCCGCUUCAUCCGCUGGCUCAACAAGGAGAAAGGAAUCUUCAAGAUCGAGGACUCGGCACAAGUGGCCCGUCUGUGGGGCAUCAGGAAGAACCGCCCGGCCAUGAACUACGACAAGCUGAGCCGCUCCAUCCGGCAGUAUUACAAGAAAGGGAUCAUCCGGAAACCCGACAUCUCCCAGCGCCUCGUCUACCAGUUUGUCCACCCAGUGUGAGCAGCGGCGGCGGGACAGGCUGAGCCCCAGGAGGGACAGGGGACCUUUGCCGCUGCCCUCUGCCUCCCAGCCACAGAAACCAUCUUACAGCGCUAAGGACCACAGCUGGGAUGCUGAGAGGCUCAACCCCCCCUGGACCUGCUGGCAACAGACCGUGGGACCCCUCUCACCCCCUGGAGGGGAGGGAUGAGCCCCCAGCUAAGGCACCCCCACCAAUGUGCCCUGGUGUGGGGCAAGGACCGUGCAGAGCCCUCGACUCCCGUCAGCACUCCCAGGGAGGAUGGGCACGGAAUUUGGGGCUGGUGGAGGAGAUAUGGGGUUGAGCAGGGGCAGAUAAAGGCAGAUGAAUCUGUGGUUGUCAUGGGGCUCCCCACAACCCUGGUGCCCUUUGGCAGGGAUUGAAGGUGGGAGAUUCGUUGGGGUCACCCAGGGGAGGGGCUGGGCGAUGCAGGAGUGCUGCCCCCCAGGUCUCUUGCCCCCUGGCAUGUUGUCCUCUCACCUGCAGCCCCAGGGCAUUGUCAGGGCACAGGAGCCAAGGGCACAUCCCAGCAGGAGACUUUGAUAUCCCCUUGGAAUCAUGCCCUAGGGCUGCUCUGGGGGGGACAUGACACCAUGGGGGCCACGCUCCCCUCCAGCCAGAGCCUGGCUGUGGGACCGGCUGCCCUGGUGCCCAUCAGCAGUGACCCCCUGGAUGCAGUGGGGCAGCUCUGGAUUUACCCCAACAAGCAGCUCCUGGCCCUCAGCCCUGUUCAGGGUGGGGGGCAGCGUGGUGGGGGGCUCUCAACCCUCAGCUGCAAAGAAAGGGGCUGCCUGAGCUCUGGGCGUAGGCAGCCGGGCUCGUCCCUCCCUCCCCCCCCUCCCUCCUGGGUGCUGGCUGUGGGUGGCUUCACCCCAGCCAUUGUUCGGGGAGGACAAAGCCCAGGCGUGAGCUGGGACAAUAGCACCCACAGGGACAAGGGCACCCACAGCUGCCCUUGGCUGGGGCCACGCUGACCUGACGGUGCUGGAGCAGCCUGGCACCAGCAGCAACGCAGCACCCAGGGCUGCUGCCUGCCGUGGGAGCUGGGUGCAGGGUAACCCUGCCCCUGGGGGCCACCAGCACCCCCUUGGCAUGGGUGCAUCCCCCCUUGGCUUCCUGCUCCGGGACAUGCUCAGCUUCCCUCUUCCGCAGGGAUUUGGGGUUGAAAAUGGGCAUUUUGCAAAGGGAGCAGCUGUAGAACAGGGGCUGUGCAUGCUGGAGCAUCCCUGCAGGACUGGGGGGUCCCCCAAGCGGGGGGCACAGGGCCACUCAGAGGCCCCCGAAGCCUCCACGUCCUUGACACAGGCCUCUUCCCUUGAUUUGGAUUUUAUUUGGACUGCCUGAUUCCAGAGUUUGGGAAAAGGGAGAUGGCAUGCCAUUUCCCUCUGGACAGUAAAUCUGAAACGCAACCCACCGAGCCCGGAUGGGGACAGCAAACUGGGCAUUGCUUAAACUGCAUAUUUCACAAAAGUCUGAGUUACCUGGCGAUGCUGAUCUUUUAUAUUAUAAUUUUUUUAUUUGUUUAUUUGCUUUUUGGUUUUGGCUGGCAGCAAAUCGUGGUUUAGGUUCAAAUGACAAGAAUAGAUGGGCAGCCCGGGUACCCAUGAGGUGCUUUAUGGGAGUUUAAAAGCAAAAAAACCCACUUGGUUCUUGUUCUUUUGUUUUUAACUUAAAAUAGCUGCCUGUGACAGCUCCUGCCUUUUUCUUUCCCUUCUGCCUGUUUCAUACUGUUUACACGGCAGAGGCACGGACGCGCUGUGGCCAGCCCUGCAAGCAUCCCAGCUGGAGGGAUGGAGGGCAGCUGGAAGGAGAAGAGCAAGGGAAGGAGGAAAACUGCCUUGGGCUCUGGAAAAGGGGGGGAACCCCCCCCAAAAAAAGAAAUGGGGAAGAAAAACAAGCUUAAAUGUGUCUUGUGAUUUCCUGUGCCGGUGCGAGGAGCAGCAGGAGGACGGGUGCUGGUGCCCCAGAGCUCAUGUGAAGGCAGGGGGUUGCACGUCCCUGUGGGGAAGGUGAGCUGGAAGGGUUAAAUGGUGAGGAAAGCUGGGGAGGGGGCACCCAAGAACACGGUGCCCCCACAGACAAGGGGAUCUGAUCCAGCAGAAGUUGCCCACUUCUGUGGGGCUGGCAGCCAGCGCUUCUCCCCAAGCCCCUUCCAGCUCCAGCCCUUAAAUAAGGGGAAAUAAAUCCCUUUUCUCUGCCCCCUCCCCAUUAAGAGCCCAGGGAGUGCCUCCACACACACCUCCCGGAGGGUCCCACUGCUCUCUGUGGGGCUGCCCCAGCUCUCUGGGCGGGGGAGAGGGAUGGGUGACAUGCAAAUCAUUUUUCCAAAUGGUUUGAAGGCUCGUAGGGAGCCCAGGAGGCUCCGGCCCCUCUGCCAGCGUCAGCUCCCUGCUGGGCAUCCCCGGCUCCCCCUUCCCAGGGUGGGGGGCAGUGCUGGGUCAGGGGCUGCUGCUUUUGCUGGUGCUGGGGAUGACCCCCAAACCUUCUUUUUCUUCAGUCCCCCCAUGAGCUUCCCGGGGCUUUGCUCAGCGUGUUGGCACGGGAAUCCCCAAAGGCAGCGGCUGCUCGCCCCACCCCAGAGCCCCCUUGUCCCCCAGGACCCCAGCAAUGCAUCCGAGCCCCCAUCCUGCUGCACCCCAAAGCCUCAGGGUCAGGGUGUCCCUCCCUGGGGUUACAGCAGCUGCAGCUCCCCGGGGUGCAGGGGG